UAACCCAAUUUCAUGUAAUAGCGUCAUGUCAGACCAGUCUCUUAAAGUCAACCCCAACUCAAUUGUUGUAAUUUUUGUAUUUUUCCACCCAUUACCCUACGCUUGCACUGUACCCACAUCCCAUGGUUCCAUUAACAAAGUCUGUCCAUCUCUUUCUUAAAUACAGUGCUCUCUUCCAUAGUCCCUCUCAUGUUCCAGAGAUUCACAGGUGUCUGGGUGAAGAAAUGUCUUCUUAUUUCUGUACUGAAUGAAUGAUAGAUAGCUUAAGUUUUGAACUUGUGCUCCCUGCUUCCAGGCCAAGGGGAACAGUCUAGUGAACUUCACCACAUUCCAUCUAUGGAAGUACUGGUUCCUCAGGCGAGGAGACCAGAACUACACACAAUGUUUUAGAUGUGGUUUCAUUAAGGCAGUGAAAUGCCGUUGACUUGACACAGACUCUGUUCCUAUCACAGAUUUCACUCGACCUGAUGGACAUUUCCACCAUUUUCUGAUACAAUUGUUUUAGAUACUCAGGGAAGAUUUGACCCCCCUUCCCCCCUAGUGGCGUUGGUCUUCCUCAAUCAGGGAGUGGAACUUUUCUCUUCAAACACUCAAUGCCCGAGUGGGCCGAAGGCUGUCGCCUGCACUCCGCUCGGACGGGCCCGUCAGGCCGGGACGCCAGCUACCGGGGGCGGGGCUGGAGGCGGCCGCUCGAGCUCGGGGAGGCGGACCCAUGACGUAGCGUGGUCGUCAUGGAAAUCUGCAAGGGGCGGGCUGGACCUCGGGUGAACAUGCGCACAAGAUAGAGGAGCCAUAGCGGAACCUUUGGGUUAGCAGGGUUUGUUCGCUGCCCGUGGCCCGUGUGCACCUGAGAUCGGUUGGCGCCCACACCGCCGACUGUGGCGGCGUUUUCCCAGGAUGGCUGGCGAGGGGAGCCCGACCGAUCCUGGAAACCUGCCAAUUUUUGAACAACUUGGAUUUGACCAGAGUUCAGAUUUCUCAGACACGUCAUUCCAGCAGAAAUUGGAUGAAGCCAAAGAGCAGAUUAAACGGGAGAUCAGGAAAGAGUUGAAGAUAAAAGAAGGUGCAGAGAACCUGCGGAAAGUGACUACUGACAAGAAGAACCUGUCCAAUGUAGAACAUGUCCUGAAAAACUCGAAUCGAAAACUGGAGAAGUUACAUGAACAGCUACAGGAACUCAAUGCUCAUAUUGUGGUGAAAGACCCUGAAGAAUUGCAAGAUACACCACAGUCCCCUGGUACUUCGAGCCGGGAGGCUCGUUCGACUGCGAACAAGAACCGGGUUGUAGCACUUGAAAAGCAGCUUGACAUAGAGAUGAAGGUGAAACAAGGAGCUGAGAAUAUGAUCCAAAUGUACUCCAGUGGACCCAUGAAGGAUCGGAAAAUGCUGUCCGCUGCUCAACAACUGCUGCAGGAUAGUAAAACCAAAAUUGAAGUGAUCCGUAUGCAAGUUCGGAAAGCGAUACAGGCAAAUGAAAUGCAAGUAGAAAUUGAGGAUGGCCAAGCCAAGCCGGAUAUAAGUCUCCUUGAACUGAGGAUUGAGGAAUUACGGCAUCACUUCCGUGUGGAACAUGCAGUGUCAGAAGGUGCCAAAAACGUCCUUCGUCUGCUGGGAUCAGGGAAAGUCCACGAUAAGAAAGCACUGUCUGAGGCUCAAUCCAGGCUGAAUGAGUCAAGUGAAAAAUUGGACCUUUUAAAACAUUCUCUCGAACAAAGAUUAAAUGAGCUUCCAGAAGAUCAUCCCAAAGGGUGUAUUAUUAAAGAGGAACUUGUCAUGGCCUGCUCUCAAGCAUUUAGCAAUCGGAGCAGUACUUCCUAUCAACAGAACCAGUAUAGCACACUGUACAAGCCUUCACCAUUAACAGGCACGUUGGAGGUCCGAAUUGUAGGUUGCACGGGUCUUUUGGAGUCUGUUCCAGGUCGUUCUAGAGGGUCUGGCAUACUUCUGCCAGCAUAUAGUCCCAGUGAAAGUCGGAAUUCUUUCAUGAGCAGGACCAGCCGAGGUCUAUACGGAAGGAGUGGCAGUGGGAGCGGUCGCUACUUAAUCAAAACCGAAGACUUAUCCAAUGAAGUGAGUGCUGUCCUGAAGCUCGACAACAUAGUUGUUGGCCAGACUGCAUGGAAGUCGAUAGGUGAACAGUCAUGGAAUCAGAAUUUCACGGUGGAGUUGGAACGUUCUCGGGAAUUGGAGAUCAGUGUGUACUGGCGGGAUUGGCGCUCUCUCUGUGCAUUGAAGUACCUCAAGCUGGAAGAUUUCCUGGAUAAUCAGCGGCAUGAAAUUCAUUUGGAUUUGGAGCCUCAAGGGGUGCUGCUGACCGAGGUCACAUUCUCCAAUCCGGUGAUUGAGCGAAUACCCAAACUGCAACGACAGAAAAAGAUCUUCUCCAAGCAGCAAGGGAAGGCUUUCCUUCGAGCUCCUCAGAUGAAUAUCAACAUUGCUACUUGGGGUCGGUUGUUGAGAAAAGCGUUUCCUGCUGUCAACUCCACUGGGACGUACAGUCCUUCAUCUUACAUGGCUGCUGUCUCCGAGGGUCGGCAGUCACUAUCCAACAGUAUGCCUGGGGACAUGUCAUUUGAGAAAUUGACAUUAGAUUUGGCAGAUGAACCUUCAAGUACACCUCGGAAAGCUUCUCUGGAUUCACGGAGCAGCCACGAUGGAGAGAAGCCAAUGCAGACCAAUGAGACUGAUGUCAAUCAAACUGCUUCUCCACGAAGGCGGACUUUAUCGUCGUCUGACACAGAGGAUAAACAACAGAGUGUACCUCUCAAAUCUUCGUUGAGUCUACGCGAUUUCAAACUCAUUGCCGUUCUGGGAAGGGGACAUUUUGGAAAGGUGCUCUUGUCGGAAUACAAAAAGACAGGACAAUUGUUUGCCAUCAAAGCCUUGAAGAAAGGAGAUAUUGUUGCAAGAGAUGAGGUUGACAGCUUAAUGUGUGAAAAACGAAUCUUCGAGACAGUAAACCUCUCCAAUCAUCCAUUCCUGGUCAACCUAUUUGCCUGUUUUCAAACUCCCGAGCACGUGUGCUUUGUGAUGGAGUAUACGGCUGGUGGUGAUCUAAUGAUGCACAUUCAUGCUGAUGUCUUCUCUGAACCUAGAGCUGUGUUUUACUCGGCUUGUGUCGUUCUCGGGUUGCAGUUUCUUCACGAUAACAUGAUCGUGUACAGAGACUUGAAGCUGGACAAUUUGCUUCUGGAUACACAGGGUUAUGUGAAAAUUGCUGACUUUGGACUCUGCAAGGAAGGUAUGGGCUAUGGAGAACGGACAAGCACUUUCUGUGGUACUCCUGAGUUCCUUGCUCCUGAGGUUCUGACAGACACAUCCUACACACGGGCCGUGGAUUGGUGGGGACUUGGCGUUCUUAUCUAUGAGAUGUUGGUAGGAGAGUCACCGUUCCCUGGAGAUGAUGAAGAGGAAGUUUUUGACAGCAUUGUCAAUGAUGAGGUUCGAUAUCCACGAUUCCUGUCUUCAGAAGCCAUUGCGAUAAUGAGAAGGCUAUUACGGAGGAAUCCAGAGCGGCGGCUAGGAUCCAGUGAGCGAGACGCAGAGGAAGUGAAGAAACAGCCAUUCUUCAGAGAAAUAGAUUGGGAAGCCUUACUGGCAAAGAAAGUGAAGCCACCUUUCGUACCUACCAUUAAAGAUCCGGAAGAUGUCAGCAACUUUGAUGAGGAGUUUACGGCAGAAGAAGCAAAACUGACACCCCCGAGGGAGCCUCGCAUUCUCAGUGAGAAGGAGCAAAUCAUGUUCAAGGAGUUUGAUUAUGUCUCUGAUAACAAUUCAUGUUAAGUGACCUCUUUGUUCAAACAAUUCUUGAGACUGGUUUCAUAUUAACAGAACGUUAAGCCUUAAAAGCAGUGGAUAUGUGAUCAGUGCUCUGGAUGCAAUUAUUUGCCUUCUUUUUAAAAAAGUUUUUAUUUAUAAAUAUAUAUACAUAGGUGUGUAUUUCUUAGUACACUGUAUACUUUUCAAGGCUUUACGAAUCAAGAUCUUGUAAUCAAACUGACCAGAUGUAUCAGGAACCUGGACCAUUUUGUCCCUCCACCCUCUGUUCUGAAGGACUCCCACAGCCCAUGCAUCCCAUGAGCAAAUUGCACUCUCCCUUUCCCAGAGCAAAGGUCCUUGGUUUCUGUGACACACCUUUUUGCACUGUCCCAAAGUGUCAAGCAUUCCACCUACCUCGGUCAGUUCGCGAACAACACAACAGUAACACUGUCUUCCCGCUCCUCAUCCACCCCGCCGCCCGACCUCCGCUUACUUCUCAUCUGUCACACUACAGUCCUUCUGGCAAAUUGAACUGUGUGAAGAUGGAUGUUGAAGGAAUAUAUGAAUGGAUGAGCCUUGGGGAGUACUGAGGAACAGAGGAUCUGUACAAGCCCAAGAAUUUAUGUAAUGCAGGUCAAUGGUGAAGAAGGCACUUUGGACGCUUGUUUUCACUACUCAGGUCCUGAAGCACAAGCAGGGAGGUUGGAUACACCUUUAUAUAGCGCUGGUCAGGCCUGCAUUUCACUGUGGAAUGGUUAUUCGAUGCAGUUCUUAUGGCUGUCCCACAGGAAGGAGCUGAUUACACUGGAGAGAUUUAGCAGGGAAGCAAUCGGGCCGGAAUGUUUCAUUGAGAGUUACAGCAGGAAACAGGCCCUUCAGCCCACCCAGUCUGUGCCAACCGUCAAUCACUCAUUGAAACUAAUCCUACAUUUACCUUGAGUGUGAUUCUUCCCACUUUCCCAACCUUCGUGCUCCCUCGAGGUUCUGCCACACACCUAUACACGAGGGGCAGAUUGCAGAGGCCAGCAGUGUGGGAUGUGGGAGGAGACUGGAGCACCGAGGGGAAAAGCCACACAGGUCCAGGGACCACCUGAGGUUACGGCUGAACUCGGGUCACAGGGGUUGAGAGACAGUGGCACCACUAUUCCACCUGUUUCAUUCACCGGGAGAGGAUGGGAUGCUGAGGGAUGACUUCCUGAUAAGAGGUUCACAAAAUUUCAGGCUAAAGGAUUGGAAAGAUGGUGGGAAACUUCAAUAUCAGAAGUAAAACUAAGUAGCACUUGUUUAGCGUGAAGGGUCAGGGGUUUGAGGGGAUCUAAGGAAGAAAGUCCCCUCUCUGAGGGGUGUUGGAAUGAAACACACAACCUGAAGGUGUGCAGGCAGAGAGACUCGCUGCGUUUCAGAAGGACCUAGAGAUGCUAUUGCAUCCCAGGGCAGUGAACAAUACAGAUUGGAUGCUGGUAAAUGAUCUUGCGAUGGCUACUGGAUGAGUCGUGUAGACUGUCUCACCUGCACAGAGCUACCGCUCACUCACCAUUCACAUCAUGACCCUCCUGCACGUAACUCUCUGUCUCUCACCUUUCAGACUGGGACCCUCCUGCACUGAGCCUUCUGUCUCUCACCGUCAUUGCUGUGGUCUGCCUGCACUGAGCUCUCCAUCCCUCACUCACAUCGCAUGCUGUGGUCUGCCUGUAACGAGCACCCCAUCCCUCACUGCUCAUGCUGCGUAUGGCUUGUGUGCCUUAUUAGUCGAGACACUGAGUUCAAAAGUCAGGAAGUUAUGUUGCAGCUUUAUAAAACUCUGGUUAGGAUGCAUCUGCAGUAUUGCAUUCAAUAUGAUCACCCCGUUAUAGGAAGGGUGUUGGAGGCUUUGGAUAUGGUGCAGCAGAGGUAUACCAUGAUGCUCCCUAAUAAGAAUGCAUGUCCUCGAAGGAGAUGUUGGACAACGUUUGUAUUGUUUUCUCUUGGCUUUGGAGGCUAAUGGAAGACCUGAUAAAAGUUUAUAAGAUUAUGAGAGGGUUAGAUAGGUGAGAUGCUGAUAUAUUUUGGCCGUGGUCAAAAUGCUUAAUACUAAAGGGCCUACAUUUAAGGUGUGAAGGGGUAAAUUUAAAGGAGGUGAGCUACACAAUUUUUUUUUAACAAAAUGGCAUGUGUUGGAAGGCACUGCCAAGGUUGGUAGUGAAGGCAAAUUCCGUAGUGGCAAUUAAGAGGCUCUUAGAUAAGACAUAUGAAUGUGCAGAGAAUGGAGAGAAAUGGGCGUGUAGGUAGCACGGACUAAUGUGAUUAGGCAUCAUUAGUUCAAUUAGUUUACAUAUUUUCAUGAGCCAGAAGGCCUGUUCCUGUCCUGUACUGUUCUAUGUUUUAAUUAUUUCACUCAGAAGGGGCUCGGAACCUGAAACUCACUGCCUGAGGGGUUGUGGAAGCAGGGCCUCUCACAUUUAAAUAGUGUCUAAUUGAGUACUCAAAUUAUCAUAGAAUAAAUAGCUCUGGACUUAAUGUAGAAGUGAAGUUAGUGUAGAUGGUUACAAUGGGGUGAAGGACCUCUUUAUGCACUGUGCAACAUCAAACAUGGCCCCACAAUGUCCAUGGUCCCAGAAGCUCCCUUCAGCCACUCUGCUAUAACUAAAUGCCUGGUCCCUCAGUAGUCAGCUUAAAGUUUUGGCAUCUUGUCAGUCACGUGGUCGUUUUGCCUAGUCAGUGCUUCUCCCUGAGCUCCCAGUGCUCAGUGCACCCUGACACUUUCCCCUGUAUGCGAUUGUACUCACUGGGUGAGUUCUCGGCUGCGAGCCAUUGUGCUGGGUGGAGAAGCUGUAGGUGUGACUGCGUGUCUGAAGAUGCCCUAGUGCCAGACCUGGGGGGGGCAACAGUGUUCAUAACAGUCUGGUGGUUUUGAGCUCACGGUAUCAGACGGAGGCAUUGUGCUGUAGCUGACACGUUAACAAGGCUCGGGACCAAAUGCAGGUAAAUGGGUCUGGUAUUGACGGGGAUUUUAUACAACGUGUGACAGUGUGUUUCUGUGCUGUGUACCCUGUAAUUGCCGCCACUGUGCAGUCACAGCAGAAUAGUGCUGUGGACCCGAGUCACCACGGGCAUGGAGGUCUUCAACGUGUCAGGGUAUCACCUCAUACACAGGUCCACCACCACUCCCAUUCACACCUCAGGUACCUUGUUACAGUCCCACUGUGGCCUAAAAGAAAUGGGAGUGUUCUGGCUGCUGGGACUUCCAUUUUUCUCUCUCUAAACGCUGCUGCCUUACUAACACCAGGUGGAGAACACAGCCGGUUGUUGGUAUAGUCAGAUAUCUACCUGGUUCCAACUCUACCUGGCUGUUGCACUGUGAGAACUGAGCAGUCAGUUGUGGCUUUUCCUGUGGUGCCCAGCUCCAGGAGUGCAUGAAGAGCUAUCUGAUGUCCAUACUGGAUUUCCAGAGCCUGAAGACCCCUGUCACCGAAUGGGUAGUGUGAUGGCGAAAGGCCAUUCUGUCCACCCAGACACUGUCACCUCUAAGAGAUGGAUUUCAUUAGUUCCACUGGCUGAGCCUUGUACCCCUCCUGCAGAUUAUUUCCUCUCCACCCUGAUGGGCCCAGUGUCUACAACCUCACCAGGUUUUCAGUCCCAGGCCACACUGCCUAUGGCAGACAAUUCCUCAUGCUAUAGUCACACUGGCCCACUGAGUCUGUGCCAGCCAUUACCCAUCUUCGUAUGGAAAUCCUAUCCUCAUCCCAUUUUUCUCCUGAUAUGCACCUCAACUUCACCCUCUCCCACUACCCCCAGACUCUACCAUUCUCCUCCACAUGAGGGGCAAGGUAAAACAGCCAGUUUACCAAUCUACAAAUCUCUGGGAACGUGGGAGGAACCCUAAAUAGUCAGAGAGAGAACGUAACGUAUCAGCUAUACCACUUGUAUUAGAUGGCCUAAAUAUUAAAUCUGGGCCCCUGGUUGUCGAACCUUCUGCAAAUCUGAACUGCCUCUUUCUUAUGUAUUUUAUAAACUUGUCUUGAUUUUGUCAAAACUUUCACUUUAUUGCAAGAUGAACAAUCAUAGUUUCUGCAGACUAACCUUGCAGCAGGAACAUCUCAAACUUGGUAUCAUUCAGGUAAAUGUUGUUUGCAUCCUGUCUGGAUCUCUGUCUGCAUCCUAACAUGCAGUGACUGGGACCGAUUGUUUGUGGCACACCAGUGAUUUGGGGUCAGUGCACCUCUCCUGCUUUUGUAUUUUGGAAAUCCUUGAAUCUCAUGUCCUCCACUAACCUCUCUCACCAUGCCCUGCCAGUUGCAAGGAUUAGUUCACGUCUGCAUUCGAAUCCCUCUACUCCUGACUUCUUUUAUACCUGUGCCAUAUCGUCAAUAUUACCUCUUUUUAUGCCAAACUCAUUGCAAAUUUUACCCUGCACUUUAGUGUCCAAUUACUUGCAUACGUCAAAGAGUUUGGUACUAGCAUUAACCCUGGGAUCACCACUGUUUUCCACUACUGUCUCUUUAACUCCACUGUGUUUAGUUUUGCUGAUAAAACCUUUAUAUAGAACUUUGAAGUAUCUCACGUAAACCACAGUUGUUUUUCCUGCAGCAACUUCCAUCAGGCAACCAAACACAAUUUGCCUUUUAACACCUUUGUGCUGAAUCUUUAUCGUCAACAAACAUCUCCAAGUGCCUGAUACUGUUUUUCUGUUUAUUAUUUCUGACAGUUUCCCCCACGCCUGGUGUUAAAUUACCUGGCAUGUCCUUACUAAAGUUCUCACUUUCCAGCUCUGUAUCACAGGAGAUAGAAAGGUUUUGCAGGCCCUCUUGUAGCUUUCACCAGACCUUCCUUGUGUUCCACACAAACCUGGUCACCUGGUUGCACAAAGCCAACCUUUCUAAAUCUAAUCACUCUCACCCCAUUCACAUUUUUUCUCCUGAGAUUCUGACACAGCGUAUUCCAGCUAUGCCUUCUGUCUCUGCAUUUUCAUUAUUUUCAGAUUUCUCAGUCCCAGCCCCUUUACGGUACAUUUUCUUCUCCUAUACCAAUAGGAGACUCAGGUUUUGCUCUCAGUUCACCGCUCGUUCGCAUUCUCUUUGUUUAUUUGUUGUUCUAUGUCCCCUCAUAUGGCAGUGAGCUACUCUCUCCUUUGUGAGCCCAGGGGCUUGGGCUUUAGCUUUAGUGUGCUCCCUCUCCCCCCCCCCCCCACCAAACCUUUGAAUGUAUUCAGCUUGUGCCUAAUGUGUUUGUCAUUAAAGGUCAACCACUCUUCCUCCAUACUUUUACCUGUCUAUUUUUGGUUCCAUAAUAUCCAAGAUAGAUCUGUCCUCACCCCCUCUGAUGUUAGAAAUCGUUUAAUUUACAAGUUCCUUUCUUGACCCUCAGCGUUUUUGGCCUAAACUUUAUGAUCUCAUGCUCACUGCUCCCGAAGUGUUCCUUACUGACAAUUUUUUCACGGGCCCUCAAGAACCAGAACCAAUAACACCUCUUUCCUAAUUAAGUUAAUAAAAGUUUUGUCAGUCUUCUUCUAUACUACUGUAACCAUUCCACUGUAGAGUUUAUUGUGGCAAGACUAGGCUGCUUUAUUGCUCCAGUCUGCUCCAAUGUCACCCUGUGAAUAUAUCACUAAUUAUUAUAGAUGUUACUUUGAAAUGAGCCAAAGGGUAGCAGCUGGUGUAUAUUAAUGGAUCCUUCUUAAAUUCUGUACAUUAAGUGGUCAGAUGACCAUCCCAGAUUCCAGCUAACGGCCUAUGUGUUUCCAUCAAACGUGCCCUUGCUUACUCAGCCAACAAAGACAACAUUAAAUGAAAGAUUAUCGGAGGAACAGAUGUGAGUGAAGGGUGUAAGGCUGAACAUGCUACUCAACUCAGAGCUGUUAGUAUUAUGUUUCACUUCAUGGGGUUUCCCGCCUCGUUUGUAACAAUAGCACAGCCUGUUUAGGAAACUUAACUAUUUUGUAUGCAUAGAGGUGUAUUUUUAAAAAAAAGUCAUUUUGUUAUAAAUAGCCUUUUGUCCUACAUUUAUUAAGCCUGAUGUUUAAUGUGUCUGAAUAAUAUGCUUUAGC